GUUGCAGUGACUCAGUGUCAUUCUUUGCCGACUUGUUUGAAGGAUCUCGAGCAUGUCAUCAAGGUGACGUUUAACUCGGUGUAUGACUGACUGACCCCGUUUAGGGUUAUCAACGGGUGAGGUUGAAAAUGGUCACUCCACCAUCAAAAACAAAUCCAGACCACUGACCAGGUCCAGUAUCACGAUUCCUUCCAUUCGGCCGGAACUUGACGGACGCCACCAGAUAUUACAUCAAGUGGUACCUAGGUAUAAUAUAGAGCCGCCAUCAUCGUCUCAAGAAACCUCAAAAAAGCCAAUUCAAUUGAUUGCUGCUGCCAACAUAUAUAAACAAUCUAUCGAGUCAUUCAUCUACCAAAAAUGAGCUCUGCCGGAACGAAGCCAAUCUCGCGCAUUGCGAUCAUCGGCGUUGGUCAAGUUGGCGCCGCUGCUGCAUAUGCUCUCAUCCUCGGUUCCGUCGCCAAUGAGCUGCUCCUCGUCGAUGUCAAAUCGGAACUGAGAGACGCUCAAGUUCGCGACCUCUCUGAUGUCACGUACAGCGGCAACAGAGGCACCCGGGUGCGCGCAGCAACGUAUCGCGAGGCCGCCGAAUGCGAUGUGGUAGUCAUCACCGCAGGGUCCAAGUAUUGUAUCGGCCAGACGAGUCUCGAAUAUACGUACCGCAAUGUGGCGAUUCUACGCACCAUAGUCAAUACGAUGAAGCCGUUCAGGUCCGAUGCGAUCCUGCUUGUUGUGGCGAACCCUGUGGAUUUGCUCACAUCUCUUGCGCGAGAGCUCUCCGGCCUUCCGUCUAGUCAGGUCUUGGGGUCCGGGACUUUCCUCGACUCUGUGCGUCUUCGAGGAUUGUUGGCGGACAAAACGGGGAUCGCUGCCACCUCAAUUGAUCUCUACGCAGUUGGCAUUCACGGCGAGCAGCAGGUUCCUGCAUGGUCCACUGCAACCGUGGCUGGCGUGCCCCUUGACCAGGCGCUCCCAGCUACCGCUUAUAAUCGCAGUGAAAUCGUGAAUGAAUGCAAGCAUCGAUCCCAGAGCAUUAUUAAAGCGAAGGGUGCUAUGCCCUUGGGAAUUGGGUCCAUUGUCUGCAGCAUCUGCUCUUCCAUCCUGCUGGACAAGCACAACGUCCGCCCGGUUAGCCACUUCCAGCAGGAAUAUGGCUGUUGCUUCAGCCUGCCUGUUGUUCUGGGAAGACGAGGCAUCGUGCAGACGAUCCAGAUGCCUUUGAGCGCCGACGAGAAGGCCCAUAUAGCCGAGUCGGCCACUGCUCUGAAGGGCACACUCGAUCGCGUCAAGGAGGUGUAAUGGAUUAGUCUGUAGUAUUUUUUUUUUCAUUAAGGCAUGGGAUGGGGUAAAAUAAUUUAAUGGAGUAAUUACAAUUGGAGAUUCCGAC